UGGAAUUGAUCAUUUGUUUACUCGGAUUUCCGUUACUAUGUCUAAACAGCACUGUCAUGUAUAGAUUAAAAAGAUGCUAUAACGUUUCAAGCAAAAUGUAUGUUUUGACAAAGCCUUUAAGCUUAACCUAUACAUUAUUGUGCUUUUUAUUUGACAUUACAGUGUCUCAAGAUUUCCCGAGCAGUGAUAAUGUUGACAUCUCAAUUCAACGCUGCACACUUAAAGUAAACUGGACAUCAGAAAAUGCGAACGGCUGCAUUCUUAAUUAUUAUCGGGUAAAACUAUAUCAGAAUGAAACAGAGAUAGCCACUAUAGAUACCAAAGCUUUGAUGUAUUCCAAGGAUGGCAUAGAUUCAGACUAUGUCUUCCGCAUCGACAUUACACCAAUGUUUCGUUGUAGGAACAGUUCUAAUUUUAAUGGAAGGAAAAUGGUCAAAUCUAUAAGCUCCAUUCCAGUUAGACAACCGGAGUAUAUCACCAAAAAUAUAUCUGAAAACGUGGCAUUCGAAUGUCCUCUAAGUGGAGCGUAUCAACCUUUGAAAGUGGAGUGGCAGCACAUACUAGGAUUUAAUAGCACAGUUGUAAGAACAUACACAACGGAGUUGGUUGACCUUCAACGUGUCUCAUACAAAGACAUGGGACGAUACAUCUGUACCAUUGAAUAUACUACGUGUGGAACAUCGAGGUCUACGGAAGUAUCAAGGAGUUUUGUCACCUUAAGUAUAAAUGGGCCACCUUUCAUAUCUUCCUCUCAAGAAACCAUCGGUGUAAGUCUUGGAGAGAACUUGACAUUAGAGUUGAAUGUUAUUUCAUUUCCACCACCCAGUAGUCAGGUAGUUAUUAAAAACUUCAACGGGUUGGACAUUUUUCGAGAAAUGGUGUCUUUCACAACAGGAUCAAUACCAUUGCAAGCAUUUGGAAAGAUUCUCGAAGUCGAAGGGUACAACACAAAGCUUUCUCUAAUGAACAUUUCACAGGACUGGAUUGGAGGAAAUGCAAUAAUCGUUUCUAACAGACUUGGAAACCAUUCGUUCAAAAUUACUUUUUACAAUUAUUCAGGUAAAGAAAAUAAUAAUUUUUUCGGUAAGAUUUUUAUGAUAUCUUAAAUAUCUAAAUAUUUA